AUGCGGUUCGAUAUAGACGGGUCCAAUGAAAAGGCCCAGCAUAGUUACAAUGACACAACCGGUGUGGGUGAACACCAGCUGGGCUAUGACCCUGAUCUGGCCCACCCAGCUGCCGGCUACAGAGAUGGCGAGGUGGCCGUGUUGCCGCCAGGCGUCUCGGAACGGAAACUCAUCACCAGGAUUGAUAUGAGGAUUAUUCCUGUUCUGUCAAUCAUGUAUCUUUUGGCUUUCCUGGAUCGAACCAAUGUCGCCAACGCCGCCAUCUUCGGUCUGCAAAAAGAUCUUGGCCUGAGCGGCACUCAGUACAGCACCGCUUUGACUAUCUUCUUUGUCCCCUAUGUCGUCUUUGAGAUCCCUUCCAACAUCAUCCUCAAGAGACUCCGGCCCCAUGUCUGGCUGUCCAUCUGCAUGUUUGGCUUUGGUCUGGUUACCAUUUGUCAAGGUCUUGUCCAGGGAUACGGUGGUUUCCUCACCACCAGAUUCUUCCUUGGCGUCUUUGAAACCGGCAUGUUUCCAGGAGCUUUCUAUCUCAUUGGUAUGUGGUAUAAGAGACACGAAGCACAGAAGAGAUAUACAUUCUUCUUUGCCAGUACCACCCUAGCCGGCGCUUUCGGCGGUCUCCUUGCCUCCGCCAUUGGGAAGAUGAACGGCAUGCAAGGCUAUCUAGGUUGGAGAUGGGUUUUCAUCCUGGAAGGUGUCCUUACUUGUGUCGUCUCCUUUGCUUGGUUCUUUGCCAUCCCCGACUUUCCCGAAGAUGCAAAAUGGGUGACCGAGGCCGAGCGCGAGUACAUUAAGGCUCGACUUCGAGAUGAUCAGGGGAAGUCGGCUCUCGAUCGACGCAUCACCGUCAAGGAUGUAAUCAACUGCUUCAAAGAUUUCAAGAUUAUCGUGGGUGGUUUCAUGUAUUUUGGCUUGAUUGUGCCAGCCUACUCCUACGCCUACUUUGCUCCCACCAUUAUCAAGACAUAUGGAUACAGCGCCAUUCAGACCCAACUCCACUCGGUCCCUCCAUGGGCUGCGGCGUUUGGUUGGAGCAUGCUCAUUGCUGCACUUUCGGAUCGUUUCCGCCACCGUUUUCUGUUUGCAAUGGUCAACAUUUGCAUUGCAAUUGCAGGCUUUGCUAUCCUCAUGACGGUGCAUCACAACACCGAUUUAGAAUAUGGCGCGUUGUUCAUGAUUACCUCGGGAACCUACAGUGCCAUGCCAGUUAUUGUCUGCUGGUUUUCGAUGAACCUUGGAGGUCACCAUCGGCGUGCAGUGGGCACGGCGUGGCAGAUUGGAUUUGGUAACAUCGGAGGUAUCAUUGCAAGUUACAGCUUCGAGGCCACCGACGCAAAGACUUUCUUCCACAAAGGUUACAGCAUUUGCCUGGGUUUCAUUUGUCUGAGCGCUGUCUCCUGCGUCAUCUACUUCCUAGCUUGCCUCACCCAGAAUCGGAAUAGAGAGAAGACUCACGAUGUCGGGCUUACGGAGUACGAGAAGACCGAAUUAGGAGACAUGAGUCCAGACUAUCGCUACAUGCUGUAG